AUGUCCGAAUUUUGAUGCUUAAGAUGUUGCUACUAGUAGACUGUUGAGCUGACGGGCACUGGUUUUGGAAUGACUACAACGGAGAUGAGAAAGCUAUUGGAUAUGUUCCCGAACUUCAAUCCUCUCAAAUUUGUAACUGUUCAUCCCCUGUACGUUAUGAUUGAAAUAAGUACCAGUUUCUCUUUUGUCCUGCUAUAGUUAUCACUUUGAGAAAGGCAGAAGGCAAAUAUUGUCUCCUAAAUCUCUCACUUGUUGAAAAGCUUAUGCAUGGAUAUCGCAAAUAUACUUGUCCAAGUAGAUCAUCAUCAUUUGUUAAAUACUUUAUUUGCACCUCUUGCAACUUGUUGGAAAGUUUCAAAUGGGCAAUCCAACAAAGACUCGGCAGGUAUGCAACAAGUGGAUGACUGUUUUAUUGUUUUCUAAAUUAACUUUUUAGUACAAUUUUAAAAAAGCUACUUCAUAAAAUAAUAAGAAAGCCGGUCCAAACGAAACUUUAGAUAUUGUAGUUUAGGAUCUUUUGUUUAUUAAAUGUUCUUGAUUUUAGUUGAUAAAGCUUGAACAAAUGGCUUGAAAACAAAUAAGCUCAAUUCUGUUCUCUUCCAUCCAGCCAUUGAUUCCUUCUGUCAAACUAGCCAUUAGGAAAUUAGCCUAUACUACAUUGAUGACAGAUGAACCGUGGACACGUAAGGAGGAUAACACGAUCAUGUUAAAAUACAUAAAAUUAAUUGUUUUCUGGCAUGUCAUGGCUCUUACGUGUUCACAUUUAAUUUGUCCAUGCUAUACAUAUUUUAGCACAUGAUUUAUUUUUCUUUUACUCUACUCACCAUGUUCCAUUUGCUGCAAUUCCAACCAAGUCCAGUAAAUUUCUACCAGGUGUCAAUCUUUCCAUUGAACAGACCCUAUUGCAAUCUGCCAGCAAGACUUCCUUGGGUCCCACCAAGGUGGGGCCGCCAAAGGCCUUCCCCCUCAAUAAAAUCCUUAUUCUUCUACCGGGUCUCUGCAAUGGCCGCCCUUUGUGCAGACGCUCAUCUGCAAAUUCGCCCGGGAUUUGCUAAUCUAUACAAGUCGGCUGAAUCUGACGCCGAGUUUGUUCGCUCCUUGAUCACCGGAGCCGCAGUCGGCAGCUCUGCCAUCAACAACAUUAAUAGAAGAAGAUUGGGGCCAAACCUGGCGCCGGUGGUAGACAGCUACGCCUGCCGGCAGAAGUUUCUGAGAAGCUACACCUUUUCGAAGAAGGAGACGGUUCCCGAGAAGACCGCCAAGUGCUUCGGAAAGGUCAGGCAGAGAGUCGCCGACCUCCCCUGCGUCCAUUGCGGAGAGAAAUUGAGCGGAUUCUCCAUGCUGAGCCCCGGGGAGGGCUACAAGACCAAGAAAGUUCCAAAAAAGAGGAAGGGACGCUCAGUGCUGUGGCGUAUUUUUCACCGUCUGCUGUCUUGCAUGUCAAGCUUCGACGUUGCUGAGGGUAAUUCAGUCGUCCAUGCUUUGUAGGGUUAGCUUCCUCUGUUGGCUAUUGCGCUGGUCUUGGAUAAGUUCAUGACCUUUGUGUCUGUCUGUGUUGGGUCAUGGCUGUUUUGAUCUGUAUUUAAGUGUACCGUUUGUCGUACAUAUUUUCACAUUUUCUGGAUUGCUUGGGAUCACUCAGUAGGCUUUGGCCGGCAGGUUUGAAGCAUCAGAAUUGGGUGGAAUUAUUCGGACAUGGAACGCAAUGAGCCAUGUCACCUCUUGCUUUUAUGUCCGGCUGGAUAUCGUUGAUAUGAUGCAUUCUUAUUGAUCGUGCCUUUAAAAAA